UCUUCAUGCGUCUGCUUGUGUGAACGAACGAGUGAGGAGGGUUUCAAGACUUUUCGAGAAGUUCUUGUGAAAGUUUUGGUGGAGCGAGGAGGAGGAGAGGGAGAAAAUGGCGGGGAUGGGGAGGAACAUGGCGGGGCCAUUGAUGAUCCUCAACCUGGUGUUGUACUGCGUCGUGGUGGGCUUCGCUAGCUGGUGCAUCAACCACUACAUAAACGGCCAAUCCGAUCAUUCCGGUGUCGGAGGGAAUGGCGCGACCAUGUUCUUCCUCGUGUUCGCGCUUGUGGCGGGAGUCGUCGGGACAGUCUCGAAGUUGCCAGGAGCCCUCCAUGUUAGGCCAUGGCGGGGCGACAGUUUGGCUGCGGCGGCUUCAUCUUCGGUGGUGGCAUUUGCCAUCACUGCCCUUGCCUUUGGGUUGGCAUGGAAAGAGAUAAGUGUGGGAGGGUACAGAGGAUGGAGGCUGAGGGUGUUGGAAGCUUUCGUGAUAAUCGUGACGGUCACGCAGUUGCUGUACGUCCUGGCACUCCACGCCGGCCAUUUCAGCAGCCGAUAUGGGCCGGGCUACCGAGACACUCCCUAUAGCGGCGCUGCCAGUGGUCUUGAGCCCAAGGGGGGCGGCGGCAGCGGCGGCGUAACCGGAGCUCAGGUGUAGGGUCGAGGAGUAAAGACAAAAUAACUGAUAAUAUUAUAUAAGAGUCUAUUUGUGAUUUGGAUUUUCUUGGAAUUGUAGUACUUGUGUGUUGGAAGUUCCUUAGCACUUGUAAUUAUUUGACGCUGGAUCUAACUUCACAAUCAUGUUAUGCUUGUGUCCGUAUGCUUUGUCGGUUUA